UGGUGGUGGUGGUGGUAGCUCAUUGACCUCUCUUUGAUCUGUCCGUCUGAGCAUCGAACGAGGUGAGCAGCACACAGAUCUGUGAGAAACAUGCUUGAUGGACAUAAUCCUCUGUCUGUCGGCUCUGUCGCUCUGUGCAGCCUCGCGUCGACCACCGCCUCACUCAUCUGACCCUCUUGGCCCAUCCAUCCCAUGCAGCACCACGAGCAGCAGCAGCACCCCGUGUCAUACCUGUGCGUGGGUCGGAGGAGCCGCUACCUCCUCAGCGUCAAGACGUGCGUCAAGGACGUCGUGCGGCUGAGGGCCACCUGCACCUGGCUCAGAGAGCUCUUCGGAGCGGCUCAGUUGAGAGAUCGGCUCAGUCACUCGCUGAGCUCACAGGCGGGGCUGCGGCGGGCGGUGAAUGGGCAGCAAGUGCAGCUGCUGCGGUUCGACGACGACCAGUUCGGCACACAUGAUCUGCUGGCGGCUGUGUGUGUGGUGGAGGAGGGGGACUGGGGUGAGAUGAGCGAGGUGAUUGAGCUGGCGGGAAAGUGCGGCAACUGUGAGCUGCCUGUGACCCUCACUGGGGCUGACAUCAACACACACGCAAACAAAACGGUGAGCCGGCAAACAGAGGGGCGGGGAGGGGAGGGGACGGAGAGAGCCUCAUUCUCUCUGUGUGUCUGUGUGUGUGUGGUCGUGUGUGUAGGCGUAUGUGUCGGCUCCCCGUAUGUUGGCGCAGCUCAGGAUGGUCGGCCCCCACGUCCACUUCAGUGACGGCAGCUGCCUGCAGCUGUUCCACUACAGCAAUCAGUGGACGUAUCAUUGGCUGGCCAUCAUGGACCAGUACGGCUUCCGGCUGGAGGUCGACCCGCCCCUCCCUGCCGGCCAUCUGUACCAGCAGCACAGACAGCCACACGACCCGCCAGUGACCUCCCGCGGUGUUAUGGAGUGACUUCACGUCUCUGAGUGGCCUGUGGGCCUCAGACUUGUGAAUAUCCCGAUGACACCCGAUUGCGGAUGGAUGCACUCAUGCAUAUGCGCACAGCUUGCGUCCCAUCCCCAAAAGCCUCGCCGCCUGACUGACGACCACCAGACACGCAGACCGAGAGGGAAGGCGCACAGGCUGUGUGGCUGACGGAUGCUCGGCCAGGCCGUGUGGAACUCACGCCUCUCCUGAUGCUAUUGUUUGCGUUGAGGAAGACCCUGACAGCUGCUGCGGC